AUGUCCGAUUCAAACCAAAUAAACAGUAAUGAAACAGAUAUUGAUCAUGACAAAAAUUCAAAUACAUCAUCGUAUAAUGAACAAUUAUCUUCAAAUAUGGUAAUGAAUCUAUCAAAUGAAUCUUUAUCAACGAAUAAUUUGUUAUUAUAUUCUGACCUUCGUCAAAGACGUGGAUCAACAUUUGAAUCAGGUAUUUCAUCAUGUGGAUUCAGUACACCAGAUUCCAAAUCUGAUCAAGAAUCUCAUAUAUCUGGUGAAACAAUCGCAUCAUCAUUAUUAUGUCAACGAAUCAUAAAACGAUGUAAGUCAAUAAUGAAAGUUCGUGGAUUGUCAAAUUUGGAAGAAGAGAGCAAAAAAUUAUUUAUGUUAGAUGAUGAACUAGAAACACAAUGGCAAAAAACAUAUGAUUUUUAUUGGAACGAACGACUAUGCCAUGAUUAUGAACGUAUAGAAAAUGAAAUAUGUCAAUGUUUUAAUGCUCUUAUGAAUGAUGAAAAAGGAAUAAUGAUUGGAUUAGAUUCAAUAUCAUCAUUAAAAGAUCUUUUGAUCACCUCUAUGAAACUUUCUAGUGAACCAGAUUUUAAACUUGAAAUUCGUAUUGGACUCGGUGGCACACAUGAUCUAGUUAAUUUGCGUGCACCAUCUUAUGCUGUUGCAGGUAUUUAUGUAUUGGAACAAUUAUUAAAAUUACGAGACAAAUUUCCACCAAUUGAAUAUGAUUCAGAAGAAAAUAUUCCAACAAUAAUGUUAAUUAAUCCUCCUAUUUUGACAUUUUUUUGUGCUUAUACAGCAGCCGUUAUAGUGAAUCAUCUUAAUGAAGAUAUUGCAAAACAACAUGCAUAUGAUAUAUUGUCAUAUAUAAAAAUGUAUAUUGAUUAUUUUCAUCAGAAUUUAAGUGAUUAUGUUCGAUAUGAAAUUGAUCAUAGAAAUACUUGUGAAAAUACAUUAUUAGAUCGUAUUGUUAGACAUUAUAAUUCUAAAUAUGAUGAUAAUAUAGAAAAAAUCAAACAACUAUUAAUUAAACAUGCAAUAAGUCGUGGUAGUAGUGAAGAAGGUUGUAUCCAGUAUACAUCAAUGCAUUUAAUUAUAGCUAAAGAUAUUAUUGAUAGAAAUUCGCCACAAUCAUUAUUACGUUUAUUAAAUGAAAACGAAAAUAAUGUUCAAGAUGAUCAGUUAAUAUGUUUAUAUGAUUGUAUAAUUACAAUUGGUGGAUCAAUAGAAGAAAUAUUUAAUCAAAUACGUCAUGCAGUUCGACAAACUUUUAUUAAAGAAUCAGUAAAAAACAAAGAAAAUAAUUAUCAUUUUCCUUUAUCAAUUCGAAUGUUAUCAAAAGCUGGGCAAACACCUGUAUAUUAUUUUCAUACACCAUCUGACAUUACAGUUGAUGACAUAAUGAAAGAUCGUAUUACAAAUUUACAUUUAACAGAUAACACAUAUAAAGGUAUUAGAGAAGAUAUAUCAAUAUUAAAAGAAGAUGUUGGUAUAAGUCUAUUAAAAUCAAUUUGGAAUCAUAUACCCGAGAUAGAAUUAUAUGAUAUAUCUUCAUGGAAAAAUAUUGUAUUAACUUUAAUUGAUUUAUGUCUAAAUAUUUGGGAAGUUCAUGCAACAAAUGAUAAUAGAAUAUGUAAAUGUAAAAUAAAAGAUCAACAGGCAAUUGAACAAGUUUGUGAACAUUAUCAUUUAUUAGAUGUUCUUCAUGAUAAUUCACGUUUAAUUAUUAAGACCAUCUUAGAUGUACUUGAACAUGAUAUUGGUUUUUCUUUUGGUCAAAUAGUUCAACAUCUUCGUCGUAUAUAUAAACGUAAAGAUAUCAAAAUCAAAAUUUUUAAUGAACUUCAUUCUGUACUUGGUAAAAUUCUCCUUGAUUUUGUUCGAACAGAAUUUUCUUACAAAAUAUAA